UUGGUUUUUGUUUUACGAUUUUAUUUAUUAUAAUUUAGUGCAUAGAAAUAUACUAUUUCUUAUACUGUUAUGCAAUAAAAUAAUCUAUUUACGUCAGUAUCAGACAAGUUUUAAUAUGGCCGAUAUUAAGUCUCUAUUAAAACAGGCAAGAAUACUGAUAGAUGACAAGGAAUUUAAAGAAGCACAAGAAUGUUGCAAAAACAUAUUACGAAAAGACAAACAGAAUUAUUUAGGAUUAGUUUUACUGGGUAAAUCUUUACAAGAAUCUGAUCAAGCAGCAUUAGCAUUUCAAAAAGCGAUAGCGAGUAAACCUGACUACCCUUUAGCCUGGCAAGGUCUUGCUAAUCAUUACGAACAAAAAGAAGAAUCUGUUGCAAAAGUUAAGCUUAUUGCUGUCUAUAAUGAAAUUUUAAAACUUCAAGUAGCAGAGGAUAAGGCUUUAGAAAUUAUUACCAAGCUUGGUCAGCUAGGAUGUUCUCUGAAGGACAAUAAGGCGAUUAGUAUAUUAAUAAAUUAUAUGGACAAGAAGUUGAAUGAAAAAGUCUAUUCUGCUGCUGGCAAACAGUUAAUCGAAUUAUUGAAAACUGAUUUGACCUGUAAAGAGGAAGAUCGGUUCAAAGUUAUUGAUUACUUAUCAAAAGUCAUAAAUAGUGAACCAAGUGAUUCUUUACAUAUUUUACUUGGAAAGGUAAUCUUGCAAAAGAAUGAUUUUGAUGAUGCAAUGCAAGAGGUUAUGAAUCUUAAUUUUUUUAUACCUAGUGUUACUUUUCGUGAAUGGCUAUGUAAAUUUUUGUGUGCAUAUUAUGUUCAAAAUAACUCUUUCUCUGGAUUUGAUGUUGAAUCACAUAUUAAUGCAAUUACAGUAGGCAUUGAAAACUCCAAAUAUCCUGCCCUUUUAAGAAGUAUGAUAUUGUUUGAUGAGGGUUUAUUUUUAGAAGCUUAUAAACAAUGUGUUCCUAUUAUAAAUUACCAAGAAGCAGAUAUCACAGAAGCUACUUUUAUUAUAAGAUGCACUUUCAAGCUAAAGAAGUAUUCAGUGGCACAGAAACUUGCAACUAACUUUUUAAUGAAAGUUAAAGAUAAAAUAUUUGGAUUGACGUUAAAGAAAUUCCUAUUUCUUUCAAUAGCUGAACAACAAAAAUGGAAACAAGCUAUUUCAAUUGCAACUGAACUUCCAGUGGAUAGGUUGGAUAUAAGUGAACAGGCAGUACUGGCUAAAUGUUAUAUUGAAAGUAAUGAACAAGCUGAUCAUCUUAUGGGAAACUUACGAGAAACAGAGCAUUAUAGACAAUUAGAAGCUAUUUCCCUCAUAAAACAAGGAAAAUAUAAAGAUGCCAUAAUAAUGUUAGAAGAAUCAAUGGAAAAUUCCCUUCAUUUAUUUUACAUAGGAAAAGCUUAUUGGAAAUUAGAACAGUAUGACACAUGCCUAAUUUAUUUACUAAAAUCUGCCAAAAUGAAUGUUGAUCAUUCAGAUACAUUUCUCUACUUAGGAAUGAUUUAUCAACACUAUAAGCUAGAUUUUGAAAAAGCUAAAAAAUGUUAUGAAAAGGCUUUCAGCCUUAAUAAUAUGGACACAAAUAUAAUAAAGAAUUUAAGUGAUAUUUACACUAAGCUGGGACUCAGCGAUGCUAGUUUUGAAUUUUUAGGUAAAGUUAGCAAAGAUGUUCAAAUCAAUUUGCCAUGGAUUAAUUUCCGUUUAGGAAUUCAUUAUAUUAAUAAUAGAGAUUGGGAGAAUGCUAUAAUUCAGUUUCGAAAGGUAAUAAGUGAAGACCCUAACAAUGUAAUAGCUUUUCAAUGUUUAGCAGAUGCCUAUUAUGGAAGAGGAUCAUUUACAUCAGCACUUAAAGCUUACAACAAAGUUAUAUCAAUGAAUCCUAGAAAUAUAUUGCAUUGCCUUACUAGAAUAGGAUAUAUUAAUUCAUUAUUAACACAAUAUGCUGAUUCAAUUGCCAUAUUUGAAAAAGUAUUACAAAUUGACCCUAAUUCGCUAUUGGCACUGAAAGGUAUUGCAGAAACUUGGAUGAGAUUAGCAAAAAAAAAAUUCUGUGCCAAACUUUUUGGCAGUGCAAGGAUCAAUGCACAACACACUAUUAAUUAUUUAAUGAGAGCAUUAGCCAUAGAAAAAAAAUUCAUAUGCUUUUGGAAUUUAUUAGCAAAUGCAUUAAUAUUUAUAACAAAAUUACCAAAUGAAUACUGUUAUGUUGAAAUGAAAAAUUCAUUUACUGAUGAUGUUAUGGUAAGAAAGGAAAAAUACGAUAUCUACCUUCAAGCAUUGGCCUGCUUUUCCAGGAUUGCAAAGCAAAAGCAACAGUUCACUUCAUAUGACUUAGCAGCCAGUUACCUGGAUUAUUACCAUUUAACAAAAGAUAUUGUUAACUGCCAUAUAUCAUUUAAAUUAGCUGUAACCAACAUAAAAAUAAAACCCACAUCUUUGAGAAAUUGGAACCUACUAGGAAAGAUAUGCAUUUUUAUGAAACGGUAUGAUUUAGCGCAACAUUGCUUUAUUAAGGCAUUAUUGGUAACACACAAACAAUCUGUGGCAAAAAUAUGGUGUAAUUUGGGCACUCUUUAUGUUAAGUUGGGACUUCACAAGUUGGCUAAUUAUUGUUUUUGGCGUGGACAAUCAACACAGCUAUCCUACCCGCAGAGCUGGAUCGGGCAAGGUUUAAUUGCUGAAGACAUUCAGGAAGAAGAAGCAAUGGACCUAUUUAGACAUGCCUGUCGCCUUGGUUACCACCCUGAGAGUGCUAUGGGAUAUGCUGACUGGGUAUGUCGGACCUUAAAAGAUGAUACUUAUAAAAACAGCUCUGAAUUAAAAUAUGUAAUUGAAGGUUUAUAUGCAAUACCCUAUGCUAUGGACUUAGUCCAGUGGUUUAUUAGAUUUGAACCAACCAAUGCAUUUGCUUAUAAUAUUCUCGGUAUUUUACAAGAAAGAAGUGAUCUUUUGAGUUCUGCACUACUUUCCUAUCAAAAAGCAUUUCAGCAUGCAGCAGAAGACAAAAAAAAUAUUAUUCUUCUGAACAUUGCCAGAGCUCUUCUUAGACUUGGAAGAUAUGAUGAAGCUAUUAUAACUUUCAAAGAUAUAACUGAAGCAAGUCUGAACUCAGCCUGUGGUUUAGCUCUUGCUCUUUUCAAAAAAGGUCUUUAUGAAGAAUCAUAUUCAGCAUAUGAUACUGCUCUAAACUGGCUCAGUAAUAAUGAUGAUGAAAAGGCAGAUCUUCUUGUAGCUAUGUCUGGAAUAGUGUAUAUGUUCAAAGGCUUGGAUGAUGCAAAAACAUUACUCUUUCAUAGUAUUCAAGUUUCACAGAACAAACCAACACCAUAUAGCUUAUUUGCUAUAUGCUCUUUAGGAAUUAUACAUUCAGAUCAAGGAUUAUCCAAGUUGGCUUUAAGCGAAUUGCAGAAAUACGAAAAAGAUAGCAACUAUGGAUAUGACAUAGGAUUUUUGAAAUCUUAUCUUGCACUUAAUGAAGAUGUCAAUAAAGCCAUUAAAUUAUUGAGCGAUUCUCUCCAUGAUCACCCUCAUAGUACAGAAUUAUGGUCUUGCAUGGCACAAUAUUGUUUAAAAGCAUCAAAUACAAAAGCUAAGGUAGCUAGUUUUUGUGCUCAAAGAGCAUUGAGUUCAAUGCAUCAUAAAAAGAAUGCUAAAGGUUCAGCAAAAAUGCUUGCAACAUCUAGCAUUGCUGAAAAUAUAGCAGGAGACAAAGUUAAAUCACUGCUUUUAGCCAAGGCAGGACUUCACAUGUACCCAUGGCAAUCUGAACUCUGGGCUGCAUUACUGUUUUCAGUUGUAACAAAUAAGAUGUCUAUUGAAAGGAAAAAAUGGGUUUUAAGUGUUGCUGGACAUAUGAGAAAAAAUUUGGAUACAACUAGAGGUCUGAAUAGAUGGAUCAAUCUUUUAGAGAAAAAGCUAAGCAGGUAAAUAAUGUUUAAAAUCAUCCAUCAUAUUAUAGAUAUUUAAUCAGUUUUUGUACAUUACAAAGCAUUACUUAAUUAAAUGAUCUUUUAUUGCAUAUAGGUAGAUAUACCAGUAGAAACCUAUGCUAUUGAAAUUGAUAAUUAUACCAAAAGGAAUUUCAAU